AUGGUUAAGUUUGCCGUUGAGACGCAGGGGGUUCUGGGAAGGCUGGGAAAAAUCGAGAAAUGGGGAAACGUUUCUCUCAACCACUCAACUCCAUCUUGCAUGAUUUAUCUGAGAGGAGGUCACAUCCCUCACCUCACUUGGGAUGUUGCUGAGAAACAGUUGAAGUUAGAGCAAGAUCCUAUUUAUCAAAUGACUUUGCCAAGUUUAGUAGAAAGCACUUCAAUUAUUGAUAAGUUUGGUAAAGGUGUUGCAUCCUUCUGCGGAAUGCCUGUCGGCGCUGCGGUACAUCUCAGUACCAUGGAUCCUCUUGUGGAGUUCAAGAAAGGCUUCAAUGAUCAGAAGUCAGUUGCUAUAUGGACUAAGAGUGGAAAGAAAAGUUUAACGGUUCCUGUCCAACGUGAUAUUCUGAAAGCUCUGAAAUGCUCUUCAUUCGAGACUUUGUUCGAUUAUGACUUAGCUCCUGAUGCUAUGAACAAGAGAUUGUCAAAGGCUAUCGAUCGUACAGCAUGUUUUGUUGAAACUCUCUUCAAUGAUCAACAUCCUCAACCGGAGGGUGAUGUGAUUCUUUCCCUUGGUGGGGGAUUUAAUGAGUACUAUCGGAGGAAGUGUGCUGUUGAUAUCAGCUUAGUUAAAGACGGAGAUGGGUUCAAUAUCGAUUUGCAUGAUUUCACUGAAGGUCAAGGAGAUUUCAGCAAAGAGGAUUUAACAAAGUUUGUCAAAGAAACUCUCGAUCCUCUACCUCCAACAAAAGUGAGAUUCACUAGUGGCUCUUUCAAUCCUGAAAUGGUAUUGUUCCUUACCAAAUUGGGUGUUGAUCUGUUUGAUUCAUCGUAUGCCAUUAAGUUAGCUGAACAGGCAAAAUCAUUCCGUUUAGCUGAUGACUAUCCCAAUUCAUCACGAUUCUCUGUAGUUGAUUAUAAUGAUGACAAACAUGCUGAUGACUUCACUUCUCCAUUCCCGGAUUGCCCUUGCUACACUUGCAAGAACUAUACGUCUGGUUAUCUACACCAUUUGAAUAACACGAAAGAACUCUUAUGUUCCAUUCUUCUAGUCAUACAUAACUUGACCGAAUACCAACUGAUGUUCAAGAGAAUACGAGACACUAUCUCGAAUAGGUGA